AGCGCCGCGACGCCUCGACGCGCACAGUCGCGGCUCGAACGCCGUUCCAUGCGAACGUGGGCUUUUCUCGCGGAGCGUGCUCUUCCACGGCGGCGCGAAUGACGUUUCGUUGGUGCUCGCUGAUCUCCGCGCGUUUUCUCAGGCGCAUCCAGGACGAGGAAGAGGGGAACGAUGUGAACGUGAUGAUCGUGAUCGGAUCCGCCUGCUGCGAGGAAGCCACCGCGAGACGAGGCCUGUGAAGCGAUCGAUCGAAACCCCCCGGGUUUGCCGAGCACGCACAUGUUCGAUUUUGACGGCCGGUGACGGUCCACGCGCGCUGGAACAGUGCCCCGUGGGCUCUUUCAGGGAAAUGACCGGCAACGGUGACUGAUCCUGCGAACGAGGAUCGUAGUUCAGAAUGGUGUACCCGCGCGCGACAUCCUGAAUGGACAGACGCGCCGAUCGGUGAUCGUAAACCGGACGAGACUGUAGAUCACUCUAUUUACUCCGAUUUUGAGUAUCUCCGAACUGUACGAUUGAUCGUAAUGAGUCGCGAGCACGUGUGUGAUUCUCCGCAGUCUAGUCAGAAAUACGCGCGGUCUUAUCGUAUUUAAUGUAUCACCGCUAUAUACCAAAUAGAACUUAGAGCAGAUCGUAGUGAUCGUAGGCGUGUAACCUGUUUCGCUGUAAGAGAAAUGAUCACCCACGCGUUAAUCAUUAGCAUUCACUAGUUAGGAAUUAUUAAGAACUCGGUAACGGCAGAAAGACAUUUUGCAAUAUAAAUAGGCGGACGUUUCACGCGCGUCUCGAAACGUCCCUGUGAUUCCCAUCGUGAAUAGAAAGUUCACGUCGUCGUGCGAUUAUCGAUCGAUACUUGACGUACACACGGGUGCUGAAAGUGACGCAAAGCUGGAGAGACAAGGAGAAUCGAUCGACGAAAAUUGACACUUGACUUAGAGAGACUUGAGCUCGUCACAUUCAGGCCGUCACAUUUCUCUCUUGAUGACUGACUGAUAAGUGUUCGGGAUCCGAAAAUGAACAGUACAACUUUGUGAGGACUCGAAGGCUACGCGAUAUGUCACGAAUGGCGGCGACUUCCGAGGCCCAGGCGAAACAUUGAGGUCCCAGAAGGGAAUGGAUUUUCAGAGCGCAAUGGACACUUUCGUAGAGGCAUGGAUGGCUGCUAACACGAAGACGGAUCAAGUUCAGAGCCAAGCGUUGGCAUUGACACACAAGGCCUCGCCGCCAUCGAGACCGAGCAGCGUGUCCUCGUUACCGAGGAGCCCUCAGUCUCAUCAGUCCCAGCAGUCUCAGCCGCAGAACCCUCAAACCCCAUCGGUGCACCCGCUGCAGUCGCAGACACCGCUGAGCGCGCCUCAGACGCCGUUCUCCGCGCACAAUCAGCAUCCGAAGCAAGAAAUCAGCGCAAGUCCGAAACAGGAGGGCUUCGAUCUCAGCAAAUCCGCCUCCAGCACAGCGAAAAAUCUGCCGGUGCAUUGUGUGGUGGAAACUAUUCACAAUAUCGUGGAAAGCCAUGUGAGCAGCAGCCGUGAAAAAUGGCGAAACCCCCAAGUGGAAAUGGACUCUUUCGUUAUCAUUCCGGUGGCUACGCUCUUUCAGGAUCUGGUGGGCGAGGCGCUCGUUCGGCUGGGUUACUCUAGCGAUCUGAUACCGAGCGCCAAAGGAAGCAUUGUUAUACGAAACUGGAAACCCUUGCCGAUGGAGAAAGUCGCAGAUGGGCCAUUAUUGACAGUAGGAGAUAUUCUGGCCGACAUGACGUCGGUGGCAACCCUAAAGAUUCAAGUGUACAGAUCUAGACCACCACCUCCCAGUCCGGCCGCCGAAGUUAGAAACAAAUUGCUGAGAUUGCUGCUGUUGCACAGUCAUACGCUUCUUGUCUCUGCUGGAUGCCCCUUGGACGAGAUGACUCUGCUGUCCCUCUGCAGGGGUGGCAACGAUCUCUCGGAGGAGACGAAACGGAACUUCGAGACUUGGCUGCAGCAGCAACAGAUCGGCCUCGGCAUGAACCCGAUAGCGCCGUCUUCUAACCAUCAUCAUCACACGCAAAGUCCGCAACCCGACAGCGGUGGCACGAUCGCGUCUAGUGGUGGCCCGAUCGGUCCGCCACAUCCAGCCCUGCUGCAGUAUUCGCAUAAGACGAGAAUGAGGACCAGCUUCGACUCCGAGCUGGAGCUGCCGCGCCUUCAGCGCUGGUUCGCCGAGAAUCAGCAUCCGUCGCGCGAACAGAUCCAGCACUACGUAGCGGAAUUGAACUCCCUGGAGUCGCGCCGCGGCAGGAAGCCGCUGGACGCGAACAACGUCGUCUACUGGUUCAAGAACGCCAGGGCGGCGCAGAAGAGGGCCAGCAUGAACGGCUGCAGUCCGCCCGGACUCAGUCCAAGAGGCGCCAGCAUCGUCAGCGAGGACUGUACGGACGAGGAGGAGGACACUAGGCAGCAGUCGACGUCAGGAUCGCCCUGCCCGCCGAGUAGUCCGCCUGUCGGUCCCCUGUCGUUGACCACGAGACCCGAGGAUCAGCAGCAGCCGCCACCGUCGACUCCCUCUUCGGUGAAGCAGGAAGACGCGAGGGUGUCGUCCGGUUCCGAAGACGAUGAGACGAGGCACACGGGCCCGAUUCCACCGGGAUUCUCCUUGGUGCCUAGUCCAAUGUUCGGUCACGGUAUAAUGUACAUGUCACAUUAUCUGCCGCCGCGCGGGCCAGCCGGCUGUCCCACCAGCAUGCUGGCCGACGAGAGGAGGAAGAGGAACCGGACGUUCAUCGAUCCCGUGACGGAAGUGCCGAGACUGGAGUAUUGGUUCAAGCGUAGCACCCACCCGAGCCACGCGCUCAUUCUAUCGUACACGGAGGAGCUGAACAAGAUGCCGUAUCGCCAGAAGUUCCCACGCUUGGAGCCGAAGAACGUGCAAUUCUGGUUCAAGAACCGCAGGGCCAAGAAUAAGCGGCUGAAGAUGGCUCUGUUCGAGGGCGAGUCGCCGCAACAGCAUCCAUAUCAUGCAGACUAGUUAACUUCUUCAAAUAAUAUUGAUUAGGGACAGAAACGCGUGGAGAAACGUGUGGACACGUGCACGCGAAAAUAAAGGGAAAAUCGUUAAUCGACCUGUUACUCCUUACUACCGUUGACACGCCGUGGCUUUAACGUUUACCGGCCGCAUAUUCAUUGUAAUUAUCACGUAACAAUUAAUAUAAUUAUUAUGGACUUUCAUGAGUGUAAAUACGAGAUGAUGUCGAAUAAAAAAUAUACGUCGCAAUAA